GUGACGGUAGUAAAAGAAGAGGCUGCCAUAUUGCAGUGAUACAGCGAGUUUACCUGAGAGAAGCUUCAUCACAGUCGGCUUUUUCCUUCAAACAUGCUCUCUGCUCAGCAUUUCGGAGAUCCUGGGAAGAUGAAAGAUUAUCACUAUACCGGCCCAGUAGAGCACAAGUUCUCACCGUACGCCUACAAUGGAGGAACUGUACUGGCUGUGGCCGGAGACGAUUUUGCCAUCGUAGCCUCAGACACCAGACUGAGUGAAGGCUACUCAAUCCACAGCCGGGACUCCCCAAAAUGCUACAAGCUGACAGACACAACUGUCCUUGGGUGCAGCGGUUUCCAUGGCGACUGCCUGACUCUGACAAAAAUCAUUGAAGCCAGACUAAAGAUGUACAAACACUCGAACAACAAGACAAUGACCAGCGGAGCCAUUGCCGCCAUGUUGUCCACCAUCCUGUACAGCAGGAGGUUCUUUCCUUACUAUGUCUACAACAUCAUUGGAGGACUGGAUGAAGAGGGUAAGGGAGCGGUGUACAGCUUUGACCCAGUGGGUUCCUACCAGAGAGACACCUACAAGGCCGGAGGAUCAGCCAGUGCCAUGUUACAGCCACUACUAGAUAAUCAGAUUGGUUUCAAGAACAUGGAGGGUGUCGAGCACGUUCCUUUGACUAAGGAUAAGGCAAUUCAACUGGUCAAAGACGUCUUCAUCUCAGCUGCAGAGAGAGACGUCUACACCGGAGAUGCCCUUCGGGUCUGUGUCAUCACUAAGGAGGGCAUUAAUGAGCAGACUAUACCUCUGAGGAAGGACUGAGGAGGAAACAUGAUGUUUCCAUCUGCCUCUAGUUUUUCUGUUUGGUGCACAUCCACUCUACAGCUUGGGCCCCUUUACAUCAGGCUUCUCAAAACAGGAGUGUUGAUUCAAACAGAUACCUUAGUGUGGCUAACUGGGGAACUAUUUUUCUUUCCUAUGUUUCCCAGAAAUUCCUGUUCACAUCUUUUAUGUGCUCUGGCAGAGUGGUCCUGUAAUCCUGGAUCCACACUCCUGUUCUGAGAAGCAAGUUCUUCACUUGCCCUUACUUAGACUCUGCCUCUGUUUUGAGUUUUUUCAUUAUGUUUUGGAAGGAGACCGUCUUGGCUAUUCUUUUUACAUUCUUAAUAAAUGUAAAGAAUUUAAAAGUC